CUCACCGCAUCUGUCACCUCCCUCCGUAGCUCCCUCACCCUCCUCGACUCCUCAAUCUCCAUCCUCGACUCCGGAAUCUCAGACUUUCCGCGCUUGAAGAAAGUCUUAUCCAGCACACGCCAUUUCGAACUAACCCCCUCCACAACCCUAACAACCGCGCAAGCCUCCCUGGCCUCCGAACUUGCGCCCGCUAUCACCACCUUACUAUCGCGCGCCGAACAAUACGUCGCGAAGCUAGAACGGAAACAAGGGAACUUGAUCGCACGGAGCGAGCUAUUAGCUGGACGGUUAGAGGGCGAUGGCGGGUUACGGAAGAAGAGGAGUCUGGAGAAGAUGCUUGCGAAGAAGAGUGGAGGAAAGGGGGUGAAUGAGGAGAGGGUGGCGAGGUUGAAGGCGUUGAGGAGCAAGAAGGAGAGGUUGGGGUAUGCAGUUGAGAGGUUGCAGCUGCAGAGUCAGCAGAGGCAGAGGCAGUUGAGGAUGAGUGUUGCU